AUGAGCGAAAGCAAUCCAGUCAGCAUCCCAAGCGAUUCCAACUCGAGACUAACAUCACAGGCUAGCAACUCAAAUACCUUAGACGGGCCAUAUAGAGAAGCGGUAGGAUCCCUGAUGUACUUGAUGGCCAUGACUCGACCGGACAUCUGCUUAGCAGUCAAUCAAGUAGCACAAUUUGUACAAAAACCAGAAGCAAGUCACUGGGAAGCUGUCAAGAGAAUCUUCGCCUACCUCGUUAAAACUCCGAACCACGGCAUAUGUUUUGGAAAAGAUGGAGGACCACAAUUAAGUGGAUACACAGACGCUGAUUUUGCAGGAGACGUGACAACACGUAUAUCGACCACUGGAUUUGUCUUUAUGCUUCAUGGAGGACCGGUUAGUUGGGCCAGCAGACGUCAGCGCUCAAUAGCUCUAUCGACAACAGAUGCGGAAUUCUUUGCCGUCUCAGAAGGUGCCAGAGAAGCGACAUGGCUGAAACGUCUUCUAGAAGAAAUAGGCAUCGUAGUAAGCAAGGUGCCAAUUCGGUUUGACAGCAAAUGCGCGAUCCAGUUGGUGUAUAACCCGGAAAACACCAAAGAACUAAGCACAUAG